UCUGGUUUUGAGCAGAAGAAGAAUAUGUUUGGGUUUGACGCAUUCAUUUGCUCAAUGCCUUUACCGCAACGGAAUCGAUGGCCUUGCUGGUUGCUCAUUUUGUGCAGUUGAAUCUAUCCUACUUGUCUUGAUUGCUUCAUCAAAACAUAAAUAAUGUACCGGCCCGGUCAACAUCCGUGCGGUCCGCCUUCUUUCGGUGUUCCACGAUCUCGCUUCAAUGUCGGCGCUCCUUGUGGGCCUUCUCCCGGAAACUUACCUCCUCGACCGUCCGGACAAUUUUCGUCUUCGGCGCCGAUUGGAAGGCAAUUUCUUCCAAGACCUCCAGGACCUUAUUUUAUGAAUCCCCACUGUAGCUCGUUCUCCAUAGACCGCAGUACAGUGAUAACUGUGGGAGGCAGCCAGCAGCUUGCCUCUCCUGCGCCACCACCACCACCGCAUCUUUCAGGUUCCCGAUGGAAUCCAACAUCUGUCAAGCUUACACCAGACAACAGUGACAGUGCUGGAGAGGAGUUCCUGAGAUGCAUAGCUGCAAAUAAACCUUUCCCAGAUUAUCUCAGAGGGAACAUGGAAUACAACCUGGCUGACGCAUUGAAGUCAGCCAGUAUCCUGAAGGAGGCCGUCAAGUCGGACCAGGCUUUCCAAAAGCGGAGUCAAAGUCCGAGCAGGAGUCCUGAGCGCAGCCGCGGAAGAUCUCGAGCUAAAAGCCGUGCCCGAAGUAGGAGUAGAGCCAGGAGCAAAAGUCGCGUUCGUGAAAAGAGUCGAGCUAGGAGCAAGAGUCGAGCCAGGAGCAAGAGUCGAGCCAGGAGCAAGAGCAAGAGUCGAGCGAGGAGCAAGAGUCGAGCCAGGAGCAAGAGCAAGAGUCGAGCGAGAAGCAAAAGUCGAGCUCGGAGUCGAAGCCAAACCAGAAAAAGCAGGCCUAGGUGGUCAUCGUCACCGAGUAGCAGUCCUGACGGCAGCCGUGCUAAAAGCAAAAAGCGGCAAAGGAGUCCCGGCCACAUGGGCAACGACACCGCCGCUAGUUGUAGUAGUAGUGCUCGUUUGUUCGAGGGACUUAAGUUGGUCAUGACCAACAAAGCAAUGGAAAAUCAGCUGCCCUCUCUCAAAGAGGCAAUCCGAACUAUUCAGGCCUCCAAUCAAAGCCAACGAGCUCCGGGCGCCGAGCCACCUGGCGCGCUUUCGACUUUGUCGCUGGAAAGUGACAGCGUGCUCCUGCCUCAUGACAGAGUUGGCAAUGACUUUUCCUGGCUUCAGCCCAAAUGGCAGACGGCUUCCAAAGCUGAUCACUUCGAAGAUGAAGAGUUGUUCUUAUACGGCGACGAAAAAGCCGCGCGACAAAAUCCAUGCUAUGGAACACCUGCAACACUCGCGCCUGGAGAGUCAGUCAAAGAAAAAACAGGCGAUGAAAUGACCAGAUGGGAUCCCAACACUCAACAGCGUGACUGCGAUCAGUCCAAUCUCUCGUCAUCGAGCCGAGUCUUUGCUCAUCCAGACGAGUGCGGGAAAAUCCAAAAGAUCUUGAGCGCUUUGGGCCAAACAAACAAUAGCAAAUCAGGCCCUCAGCCACCAGCGGCCUUGGGAUUGAAAUCAUGUCAAGGCCCCAAUACGCGGAACGCUUUGGAGUCCCUGCAAUCACUCAUGGAAGCAACCAAGGAGAAGCGGGACAAAAGUCACCCAGUUGGGACAUCAUAUGAUAAACACAAGCCAGGUGAUGAAAGUGAAAGAAACAAAGCCAAACGAGCAAAAACGACUCAAAUGGAAAGUUUGAUGAAAGAAGUGGGAGAAUUGCUCAAACAGGACGGAUUCAAUUUCCUCAUCCCAGUGUUGGGGUUUUACUGCCAGAUAUGUGAGGAGUUCAUCCAAGAUUUAAGUCAAGCUGAAAGCCACGCAGCCAUCCAUUGUAAUCGCAACAGUGGCCGUAAAACACUGGUAAGUAAACGUACAGAAGAGACUAAAGGACACUCAAGCUGUAGCAGCAGCAGCAGCAGCAAACACCAUCCGACAUCGUCGCACCUAAAACACAGUUACAAAGACGACGAGAGAGGAGACAACAGGAAACACGGAAAUUAUUACCAUCGAAUCAAAGAGGAGGAUGAUCAUCAUAGGCGCCAAAGUAGUUUGCUCAAGAAGAUGAGGGAGGAGAAGAUGCUCAUAACGGUUUGUGCCGACCCUCCAAAAGUUAAGGAGGAGCCCAACAAGGAUUGGGACAUAGUUAAGCAGGGAGGAGCAUCCAAUGGAAAGUCGAAAGACGGUCAUCGAAAACACGCAAAGGGAAACGAUGAAAGCCACGGCAGCAGCGAUGACCAAGAAGAUGGAUCCAAAGUAAAGUCACACAAAAAGAAAAAGAAAAAAGAGAAGAAGAAGAAGAAGAAGAAGAAAAAGAAGGAUGCUUCAGGAUGAUCCUCGACAUUACCAAGUUCAAACACGCAUCACGGCAUCAUUGCGAGACGAGAAAGUUUGGACAAGUGCAGGUGUCAAGCCCAACGUCCAUUUGAUGUGCCCUGCUAAACAAAUGACAAAAGUGCAAAUUGUUGUCGUCACUUUUCAAAACAUUGUUAUUGCAAGCGAUACUGUUAAAUAAAGAACAGAUGGACAAACUG